UCAUAUAGUCUUUAACGGUACAACGCUCGACGAGUGUUAAACGGUGUGUACGCAAAAAAUGGCUCGACAUAUCCUGACGGGUGUGUCGUUGGCACUUCUUGUGCUGGUUAGUGUUACUCUAGCUGAGGAUUUAUCGAAUAAACAAUUGACUGCUGGACAGUCUCCAUUCAAAAGUGAUUUAGCAUAUGCAUUCUUUGACAUCGGUUCGCAAAUAUCUUCUGAAUUUGGAAAUGUUACAAUUUCAACACAUAAAACCUACGACGAUACCCAGUGUGAUACUGAUAUUGCAGCUGUAUUAAAUGGUCUACGCAAUUACGAUGAAUGGGCAAUUGAAUAUCCCGACUCAUGGGGCCGUUUACCUUUCGGUGUUAUGUGGGGUCAUACUAUCAGUAUGGGUCAAUUUGAAGAAUGUAUUGCUGCCACACGCAUGGUAUCUGAAAAUCAUGAAAUUAGAGGUCAAUACUGUUUGGCCAAGGUUCCCAUUAAGGGUUUCAUGAGCAAAAUCAACAAACGUGAUGAAUGGAGCAGAGCUAUUAGUUACAAGCGCAAAGACCCCGAGGCUUUUGAAUUGGGUGUUUGUGUACCCAAAUCUUGUUCGCCCGCUAAAACUAAUGAAAUCUUAAAGGAAGUCAUUAGAACUUAUUAUGGCGAAGAAAUUACCGCCGAUAUGAUUAGAGAAGAUUUCUGUAAGAUUGAUGAACCUAUUGAAUUGCGUGGCAUUGAUAUAUUCGCCAUUGUUUUUAUCUGCUUUAUUGUGUUCUGCAUGAUUGCCAGUUCCAUUUAUGAUUAUAUUCAAACCAAAAAUAAACAACCUAAAAAACCUUUGUUUUUGGCUUUCUCUGUCCUUACCAAUGCUCCUAAGAUUUUCACUGUCAAGAAGGUUGACAAUCCUAAUGUAAUUCAUUGUCUUAAUGGUAUUCGUUGUUUCUCUAUGAUGUGGGUCGUUUUCGGUCAUGGUUAUAUGACUUUCUACGACUUGCCCCAUAUUAACAAAAACAAAUUCUAUACCUGGGUUGAAACUCCAUACUCUAUGUUGGUACAAAACGGUUCCCUCUGUGUCGAUACUUUCUUCUUUAUGUCUGGUUUAUUGAUGUUGUGGGGUGCCUUCCGUGAAAUGGAAAAAACCAAGGGUUAUCUUAACAUUAAGAUGAUGUACUUCCAUCGUUAUAUUCGUUUGACCCCAGUGGUCGCUGUUGUUAUUUUAUACAUUAUGUCUUUGUAUAAAUACUCUGGUGCUGGUCCCAUGUGGAUGAAACUGGGAACACAAGAUAAACGUUGUGAAGAUACCUGGUGGGCAACUUUAUUGUAUGUCCAAAAUUAUGCUUUCCCCUACAAAAUCUGUAUCAGUCAAUCUUGGUAUUUGGCUGUCGAUACCCAAUUAUAUGUUUUAUCUCCGCUCUUCCUUAUUCCCUUAUGGAAAUGGGGCAAGAAAGCCUUAGUUCCCAUUGUCAUUUUCCUUAUUUUAUGCUUGGGUUGUACAGUUGCAACAUUUAUGUACAACGACUUUACCCUCUUCCGUGUACAAGAUAAUCAAGUUGAUUUACGUCAACGUCUUACCUAUUAUCCCACCCAUACCCGUAUCCCUACCUGGUUGAUUGGUGUUAUCUUUGGUUACUUCUUGUUUACCAAAAAUCGCGGCCGCAAGAUUCCCAUGAAGAAACAAUGGGUAAUCACUGGUUGGUUGUUGGCUUUCGGUGUAAUGCUUACCGAUUUGUGGGGCCCUUACUGGCGUAUCCGUCCUGAAAAUCCCGAUUCUCCCAUUUAUGAAGGUGCCAUCUUUGAACCCUUGAGUCGUACCUCUUGGGCUCUUGCCAUUGGCUGGAUCGUUUGGGCCUGUUACAACGGACAUGGUGGUAUCAUCAACGAUUUCUUGUCAUGGGGCUUCUUUACCGGUUUCAGUCGUUUGACCUACUGCAUGUAUGUCAUUCACAGAAUUGUACAGUUGGUUAAUGCUGCUCGUUUGCAAACCGAUACACACUUUUCGGAUUACGAUGCUAUUCUUCGCUGGUGGCACGACUUCGGUUUAACUUUAACCGCCUCCAUUUUCGCUACCCUUGCCUUUGAAUCACCUAUUUUGGGUAUUGAAAAGGCCAUAUUUGGACGUGGUGAUGCUAAACCCAAGAAGAUUGAACCCACCUCAGCACCAGCUGAUGCUGUACCUGCAGAGAAUCCCAGCAAAGCAUAAGUUUUUAGAAAUCAACUAGUCUUAUAUUUGUUUCGUAUCAAAAAAUGAAUAGAAUAGUAACACAAACUAUCUUUUAAGUAUGUUUUGUGUAAAGUAA